AUGUCAUACUCUUCUGGAACCAUCAAUACGGUACUUAAUGACUUAGCAACCUUCACUGUUCAAAUAUCGGUUGGCGACUCCUUUACCUUGUGUGACGUUGACGUCGAGGUUGACAUGACACAUGAAUAUACAGGUGACUUGGAUAUCGAAGUCCGCCAUCCAGACAGUACAUCGGUAAAGCUUAUGCAUGUCGACUGUGGUAAUGACGCUGACUUUCAUGCUCGUUUCGAUGAUUCAAGUAGCACCACAAUUGAUGGUGCUGUUGCUAGUGAUUCUGUUUGUGCUUCUAACUCUGGCAGCACUUAUGUCCGACCACAGGGUACUCUUUCUUCAUUCAAUGGCAAGAAUUCCCAAGGAACCUGGACAUUGUACUGCCGAAACCGCUCCUGUUUGACAAAGGGGAGUCACCCCAUUUCAAUAGUGCAACUGGAUUUGUCGGGGGUCAUAUUGGCACUCCUGGUCAAAACGGCGGCUUCAGCUGUGAGUUCCCGGGCCGCUGCGUUUGUUGAUCAGAUUUGUCUCAAUGAACCAGGCCCGCCACUCCUGUGA